AGUGUAAGCUUCGGAUUAGUAUAUUUUCUCUCAUGAAAGGAAUCGGACGAAGUAGAGCAGGAUUAUGGACAACUACAGAUUCGGCACAGCAGACUACUUAGUGCUGCUGGGUGUGACUUUAUUAUCCACGGGAACGGGGAUAUAUUUCGGUGGCUUCAGGAAAAAACAGAAAGACCUGAAAAGCGCUUCAGAAGGCACUCGAAGAACAAAUUUUGUGUCAGAGAAGAUAGACGAGUAUUUUAUGGGUUCUCGAAAUAUGAAACUGAUCCCAGUAUCCAUAAGUCUUAUAGGCAGCUUCGUAUCGGGUGUCACCAUCAUUGGAACUCCCUCUGAGAUUUAUCAUUACGGCACCCAGUAUUCCCUCAUCAUCGUAGCCAUUAUUCUUCAAGGAUUAGCCUUGUCCUAUGUCUACUUGCCCGUGUACUCGGCUCUACAAAUUGGAUCUGCAUACGAGUACUUGGGAAUGCGAUUUAACUCGAGCAUAAGGAGCACAGCAUCUUUUAUUUAUGUCUUCAGUAUUCUUACUUACUUGCCAAUCGUUGUGUAUGUGCCGGCGUUAUCGUUGAAUCAGGUUUCCGGCCUGAAUACCCACCUGAUUGGACUGGUCAUCAUACUAGCUUGCGUUACCUACACAUUUAUGGGUGGUCUUAAGGCUGUGGUCCACACGGAUGUUUGGCAGGUGGCUGUUAUGUUUCUCUCCCUGAUUGCGAUUGUCGUCUUAGCCAUAUACUACUCUAAUGGCCUGGGAGCUGUUUUCGCCGACGCGGAACAGGGAGGACGAUUGGUGUUGGCCAACUUGAAUCCCUCUCCCUAUGCUCGCAAUACGAUGUGGAGCGUUGUCAUCGGAGGCUUCUCAUAUUGGACCUCUAUUAAUGGCUGUGGCCAGGUUAUGGUACAGCGAUACAUGUCACUACCUUCACUGAAGAAAUCUCAAACCGCUUCAUUCAUCUUCACCAUUGGAGCGUCUAUCUUCGUCGCUCUUUGCUCCUUUAUGGGAUUGGUAAUUUUUUCAAAGUACAAGGACUGCGAUCCUAGGAGUGCUGGACUGAUUUCGAAUAACGAUCAACUUUUUCCCUUGUUUGUGGUUCAAAGUGUAGGGCAUAUUUCGGGAAUGCCUGGUUUGUUUUUAGCUGGAAUAUUCGGAGCUAGUCUAAGUACACUUUCCUCGUGCUUUAACACGCUUUCUCUGGUCUUCCUGGAGGAUAUAGUUCGCGGAUUCUUCAAGAUGCAGCCCAGCGAGAGGGAGUCCACGAUUCUGAUUAAGUCCUGCAUUAUUUUCCAGGGACUUUUCGCAUUUCUGCUAGUAUUCUUACUACAGCACUUAGGAGGCAUUCUGAGUGUCUGCAAUUCGAUAUCCUCGAUCACGGCAGGCACUUCUUUUGGAAUAUUCACAUUAGGCAUGCUGUUCCCAUGGGCAAAUACCAUAGGCACAGCGGUGGGUGCUUUAUCUAGUGUCCUGCUGGCAGGAUGGGUUUCAUUUGGAUCGCAGAUCGCCGCAGCAUCGGGUCAACUGAAAUCCCAAAUGCUUUCCGUUUCCGUGAAGGGAUGUGUGGGAAAUGUGACUGAGCCCGAAGAGCCUUGGGUGGAUCAGGAUCAAGUGUUUCCAUUAUACCGUCUAUCUUACCAUUGGGUUGGUCCCAUUGGAAUCCUCACAGCAUUGGUGGUGGGCGCACUAGUAUCCUUGAUAACCAAGCCCACUGAUGUCAAGACGCUUCAGGCAGAGCUGAUAUCCCCAGUGAUCCAUAGAUUUCUGCCAAGGGAAUGCUUCAGAAGUCGUAAUUUGAAUGAGCGGACUGAAGAGAGCCUAAUCCGUUUAAAUAAAUAA